AUGCGACCCAUCGUCGCCGUGAUAGGGACCACCGGGGUGGGCAAGUCGCAGCUGGCAGUCCACCUCGCGAAUUGCCUCCAGUCGCCAUCUCUGGAAGGCUCAGGCUCGUCCACGCCCCUCUCCGCCCCUCAGAAGGGCAACAGCGGCAUCUUGGAACGGGUCAAGAGCUAUGACAAAGGCGUCGUGCUCUCUGCAGACUCGAUGCAGCUGUACAAAGGCCUCGACGUCAUCACAAACAAGGUCACGACGGAGGAGAUGGGCGGGGUGGAGCACUGGGGACUGGACAUGGUGCAGCCUGGACAGGGCGGGAGCUGGGAGCUGGGGAGGUGGUGUACGGAGGCCGAUAAAGUGGUACAAUCUUUGCCCGAAACGACCCUUCCUAUUGUCUGCGGCGGGACCCACUACUUUAUCCAGCACUUUCUCUUCCCUCCGCCUGAUCUAUCGACAGCUCGUUCCUCGGCUACAGUGGACGGUGACGACGAUCUCCCGGCGAAGCCAUCCUCGAGCAGGUGGACACCGCCCGGUCCUCUGCCGGCCACACCGGACCUGGAGCCAAGUCUCGCCCGACUCCUCGAAUCCUUCUGGACCCAGGAUCCCGUCUGGCCGAAAGCAGAUGAGGAAGCUCCUGGUACUUCGCGGGACGCUGCUGCAUCAAGUGCACUCGGAUCUGCGAGUGUAGCAACCUGGACGAACGCUCAGCUGCUCGCACUACAUCGGCUGCUCGAAGCGCUCGACCCCGUCGAAGCGGGCAGAUGGCACUGGCGAGACGGCAGAAAGGUCAAGCGGAGCCUGGAAAGAUGGUGGGAGAGUCAAUGUCAGGUGUCGGACAGUACGAGCGGCAAGGUCGGUGGGAGACGAGCAAGAUUCCGGACCUUGAUCUUUUGGGUGUACGAGCCCCUGGAGACUUUAAGACCCCGCUUGGAUCGUCGAGUGGACAAGAUGGUCGAUAAUGGGCUGUUGAGCGAAAUCUUGGAACUCAGAGGCAUAGCCGAGAGGGCGUAUGGCUCGGCAGAGGCAGCGGAUCAUACAGAAGGCAUCUUUCAAGCGAUAGGCUACAAAGAGUUUGCUCAGCUUCGUAUCGACCCCGCUGCUCCUCUCGCCUCGACGGCAGAUCCCGCAUUCACAUCCAUGCUCGAUCGCAUGAAGCUGUCGACGCAUCAAUACGCCAAGUCACAGCUGAAAUGGGUGACCAAAAACCUUUUGCCGGCUGCUAGAGAGGCACGCGCAUCUGGAGGUGAUGUCUGGGUAUACGCUGUACAGGGUGGACAUGUUAACGAGGCUGUGACAAGAGCAAUACUGCAUGACUUCCUCGUCGGCGGGCCCAUGCCUGUUCCACUUUCGGCCGGUCAUCCUCUCAGCAAGGAGAUAUUGACACCUUUCACAGCGGCAGACAAAGGUGCAAUACCCGACACAGCAGGACGUCAAACCUUGAACGCUAGAAGAGAAUGUUCCCUCUGCUCGACACCAUCUGCGCCGUACUCGGUCAUGGUGAAAGACUGGGACAUUCACGUCAAGAGCAAAUUACACAAAAGAAACGUCGUGGCGGCAGAUGGCGGACUAGAUGCCUUGAUAGAGCGACAAAAACUGGCUGGGCUCGCUCGGAAGGAGGAACGGGCCAGGUUAAAAGGGACAGAGGCGGAGCGAGCAGAUCCAGCGUAA